AUGUUGACGCAGGCAUGGAUUCUAAGGUCUACCAUUUCCCUUUCAACCGUAUCACGCGUUUACGUUUCCUGCGUUGAAAGUCGAUCUCUUGGAUGGGAUACGUCUCAGCAAAGUGUCGAUUUCUCUCUGUCCGACCCAAGAGCUACCGAGGCAGCUCUAAUAUGCACAAACAGAACAGCCACGGUGCCAGAGAGGCAAACAGUCAUAGCAAACUUCUUGGCAGCGUUGGACGCAGUGACACCGCUGGUUAUGAGACAAAAAUAUGCAGCUGUUAUUAACGGGACAGGUAACACUACAGUUUAUGCUUUUGGUGAGUGCAUGAAAGAUCUUGAUGCAACAGAUUGCAACCUCUGUUUUGCUCAGUGCAAAACUCAGAUUUUGAGGUGCCUCCCUUUUCAGUUAGCUACUCGCGGAGGUAGACUUUUCUAUGAUGGAUGCUAUUUAAGGUACGAUGAUUAUAAUUUCUUUAAUGAGACGUUGAGUACUCAAGAUAAGACCAUUUGUGCAAGUCGGGAUUUCAGUGGUGGUAAUAAGACAGUUUUCAGUGCUAAUGUUUUGGCGUUAGUGAGGAAUUUGAGUGUUCUAGCUCCAAAGAAUGAUGGGUUCUUUGUUGGGUCUGUGGAUAGAGGGAAUGUUUCAGUUUUUGGGUUGGGUCAGUGCUGGGAGUUUGUGAAUGGAAGUGCUUGUGAGACUUGUUUAACGAAUGCUGUAUCUGAGAUUGGAUCGUGUACUCCGAAGGAAGAAGGCAGAGUUUUGAAUGCUGGUUGUUACUUGAGAUACUCCACUCAUAAAUUUUAUAACAAUUCAAGCUCUCCAAGCCGAGGAAAUAAAGGUGAGAUGGGUCUUCUUCAAUUCUGUUUCCGCUUGGCUAUUAUUCUGGCUGUGACAUCUUCAAGUUUGGCACUUGCUUUGAUUGCUGCAACAGCUGCUUUCUUUGUGAGGAGGAGAGUCGCAGAAAAGAAGAGAGUAAGGAAGGAACUAGGGCCAGAAAGCCUUCUUGUUUAUGAAUACGUGCCGAAUCAAAGCCUUCAUGAUUACUUCUUUGGUUGUUAUCUCAUCUCUAAAUGCGCUAAAAAGAAACUUCCACCAUUAUCAUGGGCGAUGAGACUAUACGAAGCUAUUGAUCCAGUCCUAGAAGGAAAUUUUCAAGAAGAGGAAGCAUCACGAUUACUUCAAAUAGGCCUCCUUUGUGUACAAGCUUCACCAGAGCUGCGUCCGUCUAUGUCGAUCAUCAUUCGAAUGAUUAAUAACAAUCAUGAGGUUCCUCAGCCAACACAACCACCAUUUCUCACUCCUGCUGGUAUGGAAAUCAGGCAACCUGGUUCCACUUACAAAUCUCAGCUCGAGUCUUGUACCCAAUCUUCAGGGAAUAGCAUGACACAAAGCUUGAGUGAGCCCAGAUGA